UCAUCAUCAUCAGGAGAAGCAGACGGCGAGAAGAGUGAGAGACAGAAAAAUGGCAGGGCUAGGCGGCCUACACCGGGCUGCCUCUCACCUCUCUCGCCACCUGACCAGACUGAGGGGCGUGCAGGCUGCCAGACACACCCAGGGACAUGCCGCCCUCCUACACACCACACCUGCCCUGGACGCUGGAGUAUUUGGUAAGGAUGGGGAUGAGGAUGAGGGUGUGUCCUUCAUGGAGGAACUCUUAGAAGCCCUCACAGACAUGGGGACUCAUUAUACCCCAGAGGUUAAGGAAAGCAAUCAAGUCACCCCUCACUCAAGCCCAGCGCACCAUAGAGACACAGGCUUGGGUAGUGAAAAGGUGGAAGUGAAGGAACAUAGUGCAGGUUUAGCAAUGUGUGAUAGUGAGACAUACAGAAUUACCCAUACUCUUCAUAUGAGUCAUGACGACCAUGCCAGUGCCUCAGACCAGCAGCUGGCAGUCACAGUAGCCAUCACACAUGAGGAGGACAUGGUGCAGCUGCAGAAGGAGGAACUGGAAAACAUCGGCAAGGAGUCACAUUCAUUGGAGAGUCUUCCCACAGUCCCAGAGCACCUAGACUCCAUACACGAGGACCACCAAUUGGCAGGUCCCACUCGAAUCAUGCCAAUAGAAGCAGCAUCUCAGAUUGACCCUCACCCCAUUGACCUGACCUCAGAUCUCACAGAAAUUCAGAGAGAGAACCUGGAGAACUUUGCCACUGAAACCACAGAGACCGCAACAGACUUCUAUAAUGUGACAGAGGAAUAUUAUGAAGCCUCUCAAGAGGAAAUAGAAAAGGACUUGCUUGAGUGUGAGGAGAGAGAGGUAGAGCAAGGAAGUGCUGACUAUCUGGCAGCUGUGGGCGCUAGUUCUGUUCCUCAGCUCCCAGACGACAGUAAAGAUAUAAAGGUGGGGACAGUGAUUGCCCUGAUGGUGGCUGAGGGGGAGGACUGGAAAGAUGUGGAGAUGCCCAGUACAGAAGAAACAGGAUCCACACCCACAUCCCCUACUGAGGAGACCCCAAGGAAGGCAGCAGAGGCAGAGGCUGGCCAUGGCAACUUUGGCCCCUCGGUGAGACUGUUGCUGGAGCAGUAUGGCCUGAGGGAAGGGGACGUCCCUCAUGGCGGCCCUCAUGGCAUCCUGGUGAAGGGGGACGUGCUGCGCCUCAUCAAGGAGAGGAACCUCACGCCCAAGGCACCAGAGUCAGUUCCUCCACCUGAGGCACCACAGCCUGCUGCCGCCACUGCCACUGCCGCACCAUCACAGCCACCCCUUCCACCCGCCCCGAGCACCGUGGCAGGGGAUGGAUAUACGGACGUGGAGGUGACCAACAUGAGGAGAACCAUUGCAAAGAGGCUCACACAAUCAAAGAGUGGCAUUGCUCACUCCUACGCCACCAUGGAAUGCUGUAUGGAUAGUCUGCUCGAGCUGAGAAAGCAGUACAAGGCGGAUGGUGUCAAUGUCAGCGUUAAUGACCUCAUCAUCAAGGCAGUGGCCGUGGCCCUCACCAGGUGUCCUGAGAUGAACUGCGUGUGGCAGGGAGACCAGCUGAAGACUGGCGGCCCAGUGGAUGUGAGCAUUGCUGUUGCCACCCCGGCUGGCCUCAUCACCCCAAUAGUGCGAGGGGCAGACACCCGGGGCCUGGAGGAUAUUGCAGCCACCGUGAGGGACCUCGCCACCCGCGCCAAGGCUAACAAACUGAAGCUGGACGAGUUUCAGGGAGGAACCUUCACCAUCUCCAACCUGGGAAUGUUUGGCAUCCGGGAGUUCAGCGCCAUCAUCAACCCUCCCCAGUGUGGCAUCCUGGCUGUGGGGGGUAGCCGUCUGGUGCCAGAUGAAUCAGGAGUGCCGGUGACCCUCAUGGCUUCCCAGCUCUCCUACGACCGUGGUGCCGUGGAUGACCUGGUGGCGGCGGAGUUCCUCAGUGUCCUUAAGUCCAUUCUGGAGAACCCCAAUUCCAUCCUCCUGGGCUCCUAUGCCUCCCAGCCGGGCCAGCCCCAUCCCCUUGCUGCCCUCCUCUGAGCUCAGUACCACAACCUGAAGGCGACAGACUUUUUUGUUACUGUGCAGAUGUAUAAAGGUUUAUGUUCCAUCAUCUUUGGUUCUCAGAUGUGUGGAGUGAGUUAGCACAAUAAGAAUUUAUGUACAGUCAUAUUACAGUUUCUUCUACCUAUCUAUGAGACUGAGAAGGACUUGUGGGGAGUCAGUUAAGGGGAAAAUGAGUUCUUUUCUGCAAUUUCUAAUAUCUGUGAGGCUAGAAAAAUCUUUGUGGGAGGGGAAAGCAAGUCAUCUUUUUAGAAUUUCUUUGAGGCUCAGAAAGGCAGAAAAGGGAGGAAAUCUCGCUGGAAACAUGAAAAGCCAUCCAGUCUUUAUAAUAGGGACAAUAAACAGGUCAAAAUCCCAUGAGAAUUCAGUUGGCCCUGAUUACUUUUUUGCCUAUCUCACCCAAGGGAAACAAAGCCUCGUGUCCUUCACAAUCUGUUCCCCCAGUUCAUUCACUCUUGUACGUCUUUCCUUUUCUGGUCACACCACCACUCCCAAAGCAACACUGGGUACACAAUUUGGUUACCUUUAACUCUGAAUUGUUAUUGUAUAUAUUGUAAAGGUUCUAUAUUAAAUUAUAAAACUGAA